AUGUCUUUGAAAAUAUUGAUAUUAGGAGCGGGUUAUGGAACUCCAUUGUUACCACUUGGUGGUAAAGAUGCAUUAAUAAGUCAUUGGCUAGAUAUAUUUAAGAAAUCCAAUAUUGAUAUUAGUAAAAAUGUUUAUUUAGUAACAAAUGAUAAGUCACACCAAGAUUUUAUAGAUUGGGCCAACAGAAACAAAAUACCAUCACUAAAUAUUGUUAAUGAUGGCACAACAGAUAAUGAUAAUAGAUUGGGUGCAGUUGGUGAUAUUGAAUUAUCAAUAAAACAUUUUAAAUUAGAUGAUUCCAACUUGUUGAUAGUUGGUGGUGAUACAUUAUUUUUACGAGAUUUUGAUUUUGAUAAAGUUUAUAAAGAAUUUAUUGAUUCAAAUAAUGAUGGAUGUUUGGUCACUGCUUAUGCUGUCGAUGAUGAGUCAACAAAAAAAUUUGGUAUCCUAACGCUUGAAAAUUAUAAAUAUAAUAAUAAAAAAGACGGCGGUGGUGGUGGUGAAGAAGAAGAAAGAUUCAUCGUAACAAAAUUUUUGGAAAAACCUGGACCAACGCUGACUUCAUCACGCUAUGCAUGUCCUUGUUUCUACUUUCUCAAACAAGAAUCACUCCACUUGAUAACUGAAUUUCUCAAGUUUAUAGACAAUAAUCCCAAUUCGACCAUCAAUGAUAAGGAUGCCACGGGAAAAUUGUUAGCUUGGAUUAUCAAUAAUAAUAAGUUCAAAAUUUAUGCCAAGAAAAUUGAAGGAAGAAUUGAUGUAGGUGGUUUACAAAGUUAUAUUGAUGCAAAAAAAUAUUUUGGAGAUUUAGGUUAA